AUGAAUCAGAUGAAAUUUUCCCCCGAGGAGUUGCGUUCUCUUCCCCCAAGACCAUCGGGUUUAUCCGCAGCUUCUCCAAAAAGACGGUUUGUCAAGCUGGGGAGGAAGAUUAGUGAUGGCUCUCAAUCAGCUUCAUCCACUGGCAGUUCAUCCACCAGCAGGUCAGCCGAGGGCGUGGCCAUCAGACAGCCCAGCAAGAGCUGCAUCCGUCGCCAUACCAACCGCCUCUCAGGUGUCUUCCUUCGUAGCCCCGUCUCCAGCUCAGGCUCCAUGGCGCUGACAGCAGGUCUCAGGUCAUCACUGUCUGUCCAACCUAGGAAAGACAGCAUGAUCUCUGCGGGUGCUUUAAUUGCGGAAGACCCAUCUGAGCUGUCCAAUCAGAUAACUGCUCCAGGAAUCCUGAAGAUCUUUGGAAAUGAAAUCUGUGAAGGAGCUCACUAUAAGAGCGUCCUGGCCACCACACACUCCAGUGCAAGAGAACUAGUCAAAGAGGCCCUUGAACGGUAUGGCUUGGGCAAGGAGGAGGCAGAGUCCUACGUUCUCUGUGAUACCAUUGGCUCCAUUGGUGAGCAUCAGUGGAGGACUGAAGGGUUCAGAGUCGUCGGCGACAAUGAGAAGCCCCUCCUCCUGCAGUCACUAUGGAAACCUAGAGAAGGCCUUGCUAGAAGGUUCGAAAUCCAGAGGAGGAGCUCAGUAGAGGAGAAGACUUCCCAAGACAAAGACACCAUCACUGCUGGUAUCAAUGCCCAGGCUCGUAAGCUGCAGAAGAGCCGCUCCAGAGUGACCUCCACCCUCAUAGAUAGGACUAUGGGUCGAAGCCACAAACUGUGGAGGAGCAAAAGUGAGAUGGACCUCUUAGAUUCUGAUAAAGAGACCAAACGGGACACAGAUCAUGAUAAAUUUGUCAAGGAACGAAGCGAGAGUCUGAACCAAACCUCACUGCAGAGCUACGAGUGCCCCAAAAUAAGCACAGAACAGAAUCACAUUCACAGCCUCGCAAUUCCCUCCGUGGGGUCCCAAGCCAAAACAGAGACCCUCUGUCUGCCGAGGCCAAGAGGCGAGCGGGAAGGAGAGGAGUCGGAGAGGGAGGAGACGGAGAGCAGCGACGAUAACACCACACAGUACUCCAUUCACCCUCCUCAUGACUGUCCAUACCUGCUGCUGCUGCAGGGCUGCAGCCCCGCACAGGACUUUGUCAUCUACCUACUUGCGGGGCCAAAAAUUGUAAUUGGACGGCAAGGUGAUCAUGAAGAUGGGUCAAAUCCCAAUAUCCUCCUGUUUGCCACCGACAUCCUUCCAAGACACUGCUAUUUUUAUCGCCAUAGUGUUGGUGGUCCCACCAUACUCUGCCCUUGUCAGGAUGCUGUGGUCACGAGGAGUGGUGAAGUGCUGAGAAAAGAAGUACAGCUUAGUCCUGGCGAUGUCAUCGGGCUGGGACAACGCUACCUGUUUCUUUUCAAGGAUCCCUUAGCUUUGAUGCACAAGGAAGUGGACUGUGCUGCUCCUGAGCCCAGCUUGUCUGUGGUCCCCUGGAUGCUGGGUCACAGCACUUCUGCCACUACAACAAGUCAUGCCACAGAAAUGAUCCUCUGCAAUACCUGCAUCUCAACCUGUGCUGACCUCCAGAGCCUAAGCAGCAAACAGCCCCUAAGCAGAGGCCCUCCAUUUUUAAAAUCACCUGAAGGCCACAGCCUGACUCUGAACUAUGAGACAGAGGAUGAGGAUCGCAUUGUCAAGGAGAUAGUUGCUAUGGGAAUUGCCAGAGUCAAAGACAGACCACCGCUGACUGCAGCAUUUUUGCUGUGCAUGUGCAUUCAGUAUUCGUCUGCAUGUCUUCAUACCUCAGACCUGCGCAGGCUCCUGCUGCUUAUUGCGAGUGGCGUUCAGAGUGCCAUGUGGGAGCUCACCAAGGAUCUAGCAGCAGUUCAACCUGAAGUUGAAGGCUCAAACUCAGAGGACCUCCAGCCUCUCAGCCUGUAUGAGGUGAUCUCAGGACUGCGCCCACUGGUGGUGUGGAUGUCCAACAGUCUGGAGCUGCUGCAGUUCAUCCAGUACCAGCUGCCUCUUAUUCUGGAGUGGAGAACCAGAAAGGAGCAGGGACCGGAGGAGGAAGUAGAGAGGGAAGUUGAUGAGAGCAAGGAGCUGGAGAACUUAGCCCUGUUGGAGCUUCGAGUGUCCUGUGUCCGUUCAGCCAGUGAGGAAACAAUGGCCGUUCUGGAGGAGGUCAUCAUGCUUGCCUUCCAGCAGUGUGUGUACUACAUCACCAAGGUCCUGUACCCCAUCCUACCUGGACUCCUGGACUGCAACCCAUUCAGGGAGAGUCCUGGCGAGAGUGCUCGGGUCCUGGGUAGCAGUGGACUGCAGGUCCCCGGUGAGAUCCAGCAGGUUGUGGAGGUCCUGAACGAGGCCUGGAUACUAUUCUCCGACUGUCAGCUCCAUCCAGAGAUUUCCUCUCAGCUCAUUGGCUACCUCUUCUACUUCGUCAAUGCAUCGCUCGUCAACUCACUCAUGGAGAGAGGCUCAGAACCAGGCUUCUACCAGUGGUCCAGAGGGGUGCGAAUGCGGGCCAAUCUUGACUUGCUCUUGGACUGGGCCCAUGCAGCUGGACAGGGAGAGCUGGCCUUGGAGCACACACACACACUCUCGUCAGCUAUCAAUCUGCUGGCCACGCCUAGAAAGAAUUUACUGCAGACAACUUGGAUAUCCUUGCGGUCUGACUACCCUGCCCUGAGUCCGGCCCAGCUGAACCACCUGCUGAGUCUAUACAGCCCAGGGUCUCCCGGUAGACACACGUGGACUCCAUCAGUACAGGACGAAGCAGCAGUACAUAAAACCGCUGAUAUCCUGGAGAGUUUUGACACGCACCAUCCUCUGGUGCUGCCUGACGGGGGUUACCAGUUCCAACUGAGAAGGGCAGUAACAGAUUCAGCCCUAAGGGAACAGCUGGACAAGCUCAAAGAGUUUAUUCCCUCACUCCCUGAGCCACAGUCUACUGAGAGUGGUACCUUUCUUCAGGCUACUGUCCAGAACCAGCCAUCCCCUUCUACUACCUCUGCUGCCUUUCCUCCAUCACCCCCAUCACCACCCUCUCCUCGCUCCACCCACUACCUGGAUGAGUUCAGUUCCUGUGGCGCCUUCCUUUUGUCUCAGAAGCUAAGAAAUCUGGAGCUGCAAAUCAGAGAGACAAAGAGCACUGAGAUGAGGAGGUCAGCUCUGGAUCCCUCCUGUCUCCUUACCCCUCCCAACACCCCCCACAUCAUAGAUCCUGUCGAUUUGGUAAAGGCAGGCCAGGACGCAUGGAUAAAGGCUGACAGUGAGACAGCUCCCUGGUCCUCCGCUGUAGAUGCACAUGAUGAAGGCGGAUUAGUGUUUGAAUGUCUGGCUGCAUUGAAAGUAGACCAUUUGAAAUCAGACUACACCGGUAUGAAAAAAAUUGUGGAACUAAAAGAGGGAGAGGAGGAGCGGGAAGAGAAUGAAGAGGACGACGACCAUUAUGAUGACAAUAAUGAUGAGGUUUUUAGCUUGGAACUGGAGCGAGGCGAAAGAGGACUCGGUCUUGCUCUGGUUGACACAAGGGACACUUCCCUAAGGGUGAAAGGCCUCCUCAUCCGUGCAGUCGUCCCAGACUCUCCUGCAGCCCGGUGUGGGAAGCUGGUACCAGGAGACAGGAUCCUGGCUGUUAAUGGAGUCAGUCUGCUUGGACUGGACUACCACGGUGGAAAGGAGCUGAUCCAGUCAUCUGGAGACAGACUGAGGUUACUGGUGGCCAGGUGUGACUGGAUGAAUAAGGCUAUUCAGACAGAAUGCUGACUGGAUUUUUCACUGCUUUUUUUUAACCAAGAGACUGUUGAAGCACCACAAGCGCACUUCAGGUGACUAGGAGAGCUCGUUGAAUGAUCAAGCUCAGAGUAUGGACCUUCAUUUUAGGACGUGGUUGUUGAGAAGGCAAAAAUGCACUAUGAAAUGAGCCUCGUCCUGGUUGAAUUGAGUACCAGGUUUUAGUGGCUAAAUGUAGUUUAACAGCUAUAUAGUUUUAUACAUUGUAAUAGCAUAAUAGUAAUUAUGAUGCAGCGUUACAGUGAAUAGGGCAUUUUGAUCUCAGCCUCAGAAGAGUUUGCCUCAAGCACUCUAAAUUUGUUUUGUAUGGUUGAAUGGGUUUUGGCUCAAAACAUCAGAUAUCACUGCUAAAAUACGUUUUUCGAAACACCACUAUUCAAACCCCUCCGCAUGGGAGAUGAAGGAAGUCUCACAUUACUAAAAAAACAAUUCGGUUGAAAUGACAUCACUGCAACUCUACCAUUUGUCAUUUGUCUGUUAACAUAAACCAGCAUAUUGUCACUGCCAUUCUUCAUCUGGAUAAAAUGAUUGACAAUUGAUGAAUUGAUUUUUUUUUAACAUGCUGUUGGUAAGUGAUGGUCAUAAAGACAUACUGUCUCAGCUCGAAAGUGAGUCCACCAAUUUAUCUUUCCUGUAGGCUAGGGUCUGGAUUUUAUUAUUAUUAUUAUUUUAAUGUUUUUCUCUGUUGUGUUUCAAGAAUAAAUACAUUUUUUAAACCUCUAAACAGCCACUCUGACUUUUGUCAGACUGCAUGUUUUGGACUGGCCAUAGAGUCUUUCAAUGACCAUACUAAU